AUGGGGUCUCCUCUCGGUGUCCUCUUUGCCAAUUUUUACAUGGGGGCCGUCGAGGAAAAGGUUUUCGCGGAAAACCCGGACAUAAAACCAACAGUCUACGCAAGAUACAUCGAUGACAUCUUCAUCAACGCCAACACUGAAGAGGAAGUACUGCACCUGAUCGAGAAUUUCAAGAAACACUCCUGCCUCAACUACACACACGAAUUAGAAGAAGAAAACAAGCUCCCCUUCCUCGACGUCAUGGUGCACCGUUCAAGCUCCUGCUUCUCCACGUCAGUCUACGUUAAAUCUACGAAUCUCGGCUUCUGCCUAAACGGAAAAAGUGACUGCCCAGAAAAAUAUAGACACAGCGUCAUCAAUGCCUUUGUCAGGAGGGCUCUCACGCACUCAUCCUCAUGGAAUGCAGUCCACGCUGAAUUAAAAAGAAUCUCCCAGCUUCUCUGCAACAACGGCUAUCCGCAAAAGAAAUAG